AUGAUAGAAGGUAUUGGGUUUGGUGGGUUGCUUAACAUCAGAACCAAUGUGUUGCCUAUUGAUCUAACAAAGUGGGUGAUAAGUACCUUCCAAUCUGAAACAAGUGAACUUGUGAUACCUGGGAGAGGGAGGGUGAGUGUUGCAGCAGAAACAGUUCACAAGAUUUUGGGUCUGCCAAGGGGAGGGAAUAAGGUGAUCUAUGACUUCGAUGUUGAAGCCAUCAAUUUCAUUCAUGAGGAAUACCAAAUUGAUGAUGGUGUGACACCUCAGAUCAAAACAAUUGUGAAAAGACUUCAAGACAAUAAGAAUGCAGAUGAGGAUUACCUUAGGUCCUGGCUUAUGUUGGCUGUGUCCACAUUCUUGUGCCCAACCACUUGUUUAUUCAUUAGCCCAAAGUGUUAUCCUGCCUUGCGCGAUUUAUCAAAAGUCAAGGAGUUUAAUUGGUGUCAAUUUGUGGUUGAUUCAUUGAAAACUUCUGUACAUGAAAUGCAGACCAGGAAUUCUGUCAAGGGUUGCCUCUUCUUUCUUGUGGUAUUGUAUCUUGACUCAUUGGCUGUUCCAAAUGUUCAAAUUCCUGUGAAAAAGAGGAUGCUAUCUCAUGCUGUCAGCAAAGUUUGUAUAGGUAUCACAGAGCUUGUGGGCAACUUCUUAGGAGAGGUCUCUGAAAUAAUUGAAGGAGACAAUCCCAUGGAUCAAAGUGAAUCAACACUUAGAAGAUCUAAGCGGACAAAAAUCAGCAAAGAAGAUAAAGAUAAUGUUGAUGAAACAUCUUUAGAUUCUGAUUAUGAAGAGGAGGAAGAAUAUGACGAUGAAGAUUAUGAAUCAAGCCAAGACAAUGUGAGUGAUGAGGUGGAGCAGGAUUCAGGUGCAGAUGAAGGUAGAGAUGUAGAAGAUGAAGAAUUGGGUUAG